AUCAUCCAAUGACAAUCGGUCUUAUUCACUGUGCGCAUGACGUAGCGUUGCUAAGCCUCUUAGUGCUGCUAGCUUGUAGUUUACUAGGAAGGAAGAAGAUGGAUUCUCCAAUAUUGGAACCAUCCCUGUACACUGUCAAAGCUGUCCUCAUUCUGGAUAAUGAUGGAGACAGACUUUAUGCAAAGUAUUAUGAUGAUACGUAUCCCACAGUCAAAGAGCAGAAAGCUUUUGAGAAGAACAUUUUCAACAAAACUCACAGGACGGACAGUGAGAUAGCAUUACUUGAGGGUCUCACGGUUGUUUACAAGAGCAACAUAGAUCUCUUCUUCUAUGUGAUUGGAAGUUCACAUGAAAAUGAGCUCAUGCUAAUGGCUGUUCUAAAUUGCCUUUUUGAUUCUCUCAGUCAAAUGUUGAGAAAAAAUGUGGAGAGGAGGGCUUUGCUGGAGAAUAUGGAGGGUCUCUUUCUUGCGGUGGAUGAAAUUGUUGAUGGGGGGGUGAUCCUAGAAAGUGACCCGCAGCAAGUUGUGCACCGGGUGGCUCUGAGAGGGGAUGACGUGCCUUUGACAGAGCAGACUGUAUCUCAGGUACUUCAGUCUGCCAAAGAACAGAUCAAGUGGUCACUUCUCCGAUAGAGUGACUCCUGCUGCAGUUCUACCCGUCAGCCACCUGUUCAGCCCAGUUGUUUUGGCACUGCUCCACAUAAUCCUUUUCCUGUGACUUGCAUGCUGUCAAUCAGAGCUGUGAGGAGUACCAUUUCCUCAUUUAGUCACACUCCCAGGACUACUUAACUAUUUUUUUUCCUUCUUUUUGUGUACAUUUUAAUUGAAUGUCAUAAUGAACGUGAUGAGACAUAAUAUGGUGUACAUUCCCUGAUUAAAGGACAACUUUAGCAUUUUUAAAAGUUGGGCUCACUUAAAUACAUUAUUGUGCAGUAGUGACAGGUCAUUGUCAAACCUUCAGUCGAACACAUUUUUGUCAAAUUAAUAUUUGGUCUGUUGAGCUUCUUCUUGACUGUAGGAUUUAUUUCAGUUUGAGCCAAGAUGAACUUUAGAAAAGAAAAAAGUGUUUUUGUUGAUACUUUUUUAGUUAUGAAGAUGAAAAGUAGCACCACAGAGUAUUUAAAUUUAGAGAAAUCUUGAGUUCCGUGUUCUUGAAUAUCUGCUGAAUUUUUGAAUAAAUUUAUGCCAGUGGCUGUAGAGACGCAUAGUACAGGCAGGAAGGAGAUGCACAGACCUAAUGUAGAUCGGUGAAACUGCAUUAACAGAACUCGACUGAAUGCAGAUGUUGUCUUUUAAGGUAUUUGUACCAUAGUUGAACCUCAGCAAGUCUGUAUAUUUCUGUUAAACAUUAGUGAACCAUUGUCUGAAAACAUUCCAUGUGUCUUAGGUGAAAUUUGAUCCAAUUUCUUGAACCCAUCUUUACCACCAGGC